AUGAAUACUGAAGAUAUAGUUACACAGUCUACUUUUUCAAUGCUGGAUGGAAAAAUUGAUAGUAGAUUAUUAGAAUCAAUCAAAUUGAUGGGUUUUAAAAAACCUACUAAAAUACAAGCAAUAAGUCUACCUCAUCUUCUCCUUGGAAAAGAUCUUAUAGGGGCUGCAAAAACAGGAAGUGGAAAAACAAUAGCUUUUUUAUUACCAGUAAUACAAAACUUAUUAAAAUUAAAAUACACUCGAAAACAUGGUGUUGGUUGUAUUAUCAUAAAUCCCACAAGAGAAUUAGCUUUACAAACUUAUGAAGUAUUGAGGAAAUUACUUACGAAAAUUGAUUUAUCUUAUGCUUUGAUAGUUGGUGGUGAAAAAAAACACAAAGAGAUGUUGUCUUUACAGAAAGGUGUGAAUAUUAUUGUUGCGACACCAGGACGCUUAUUAGAUCAUUUAGAACAUACACAAAAGUUUAAUUUUAAAAAUCUUAAAUGCUUAAUAUUGGAUGAAGCUGAUAAGUUGCUUGAAGCGGGUUUUGAAAAACACUUAGUAGGAAUUAUAAAAUUAUUGCCAGAAAACAGGCAAACUGCUUUAUUUAGUGCAACAAUAGAUGACAAAAUAAGAAACCUGGCUAGAUUGGCAUUAAAAAGCAGUCCCAUAUUGAUUUCGAUACAGAAUCAUGUUCAGACUACAGUGGCAGGACUACAACAAGGGUACUUUAUUUGUCCAAUUGAAGAAAGAAUUAAUUGGCUUCACAAAAUGCUUAAAAAAUGUAAAAAACUAAAGGUCAUGGUAUUCUUUUCAUCAUGUAAAUCAGUGGACUUUCAUUAUGAAUUUUUCAAAACACAUUGCAAAGCUCCAGUUAUAAGUAUACAUGGUAAACUAAGUCAAUCUAAAAGAAAAGAAGCAUAUAGAAGUUUUGUUGAUGUACAACGGGGCGCACUUUUUUGUACUGAUGUAGCAGCUAGGGGUUUGGAUAUACCCCAUGUGGAUUGGAUUGUGCAAUAUGAUCCUCCUACAGAUGUUAAGGAAUAUAUCCACCGAGUUGGCCGUACUGCAAGAGGCAUGAAUACAACAGGCAAUGCUGUAAUAAUAUUAAGGCCAGAGGAAGAAGAAUUUAUUAACUUUCUAAAGACAAAGAAAGUGUAUUUGGACAAAUAUAAUUUUGAAAAACCCUCCAGGGAUGUACUGGAAAUGUUACAAGAUUUAAUAACUAACAAUGGUGUAAUGAAAAUGCUGGCAAGAAAAGCAUUCCUGUCUUUUUUAAGAUGUUAUAAGAAACAUCCUUUGCAUAAAUUCUUUGACAUUAAUAAAUUGGACUUAGAAUUGGCGGCAAAAGGUUUUGGAUUUCUGGAAACACCUCAUGUUGAUUUUUUAAACAACAAGAAGAACUAA